CGUCGCAAUGAGUCUUUUCCUAAACUGUUCAUACUUUCUCCGACUCCGAUGAGUCCUCUUCUGCUCCAGUAGCCAGCAGUUCUACUUUAGUUACACUCAAAGAAAGAACAAUUCUCGGCUUCUGCGAGGAGUUCAGAAAUUUUCCGGCCGACGCAGUACAGAGGAGUGUGAACACUUCGAGUGGGAUGAGCAUAUCGAAUUGAGGUCGGAGGAGCGUUGAUCUUGUAGCAUGGUGCUGUAGGAAUUGAUCCAGUCCGCCGAUAAAGAGUAGUGAUCGGUUGAGUGUGGAAACAGGCAAAAUGGCUCAGAGUAAUUGGGAAGCAGAUAAAAUGCUUGAUGUUUAUAUUCAUGAUUAUUUGUUGAAACGAAAAUUGCAUGCCUCGGCAAAAGCUUUUAUGACCGAAGGCAAGGUUGCGACAGAUCCAGUAGCAAUUGAUGCACCUGGAGGCUUUCUUUUCGAGUGGUGGUCCGUCUUCUGGGAUAUAUUUAUUGCAAGAACGAAUGCAAAACACUCAGAGGCUGCUGCAGCUUAUAUAGAGGCACAGCAAAUCAAAGCUCGGGAGCAGCAGCAGCAGCAACAGCAGCAACAGGUACAAAUGCAGCAAUUGCAACUGAUGCAACACCGUAAUGCAUUGCAACGAAGGGAUGCCAAUCAUCCUGCUCUUGGUGGUUCUAUAAAUGCUAUGAACUCUGAAGGAAUGAUAGGGCAGCCAUCGGCAAGUGUUCUGGCCAUGAAGAUGUAUGAAGAUCGUAUGAAACACCCUCAUUCUGUAGAUUCAGAGACAUCAUCUGCUCUUAUUGAUGCCAAUAGGAUGGCCCUUCUAAAAACACCUGUCAAUCAUCAAGGUCAGUUGGUACAAGGUAAUCCAGGGAACAUGUCAGCAGCUUUGCAACAAAUCCAACCACGAACACCUAUGACCACUGACAUCAAAGGUGAGGUUAAGUUGGGGCAAAAAAGUCUACCUAUGGAUCCCUCAUCAAUCUACGGACAAGCAAUUUUGCAAUCAAAAUCUGGACUAACUGGUGCUGGUGUCUCUGGUCUUCCUUUAAAUGGUUGGCCUCUGACUGGAAUUGAUCAAUUAAGACAAGGUCUGGGUGUGCCAGUGCAAAAGCCUAAUCUGCAGGCACAAAAUCAAUUUCUUUUGGCAUCUCAACAACAGCAGGUCUUGGCACAGGCUCAAGCACAAAGCAACCUUGUUAACACACCCAAUUUUGGGGACACAGACCCUCGUAGAUUUGGUCAAAUGCCUAGGGCUAAUUUGAAUACAAAAGAUGGCCAAUCUGCUAGAAAUGAUGGAUCCAUAUGCUCUCCUGUCCAGUCAAGUUCUCCAAAGAUGAAGAUGGGUCAAAUGCAGCAUUCUUCAUCCCAACAACAAGAUCAAUUGUCACAGCAGCAGCAACUGCCACAGGGCAAUAGAAAAAGGAAACAACACUCUUCUUCUGGACCAGCUAACAGCACUGGCACGGGAAAUACAGUGGGCCCUUCACCUAACUCACCUCCUUCAACUCACACUCCUGGAGUCUUCUAAGGGUUUCACCUUUGGUGAGGUUGGUUGCAUACGAAGCAGAAAUAGCAAAGUUACUUGCUGUCAUUUCUCUUCAGAUGGGAAGCUGCUAGCCAGUGCUGGACAUGACAAGAAGGUGGUCCUUUGGAAUAUGGAUACCCUGCAAACAGAGAGUACUCCUGAAGAACACAAACUAGUUAUUACAGAUGUUCGCUUCAGGCCAAAUUCAUCUCAGCUUGCAACAGCUUCAGUUGAUAAAUCUGUGCGAGUAUGGGAUGCUGCCAAUCCAAACUAUUGUGGGCCAGCAUAUACACACAGUUCACCAGUUAUGUCCCUAGACUUCCAUCCUAAAAGAACAGACAUAUUCUGUUUUUGUGACAAUGACAAUGAAAUCCGAUAUUGCAAUCUCAAUACAUUGUCAUGCAGUCGAAUCUCCAAGGGAGGUACUGCUCAAGUGAGAUUUCAACCAAGAACUGGACAGUUGCUGGCAGCUGUUUCAGAUAAAAUAGUGUCUAUCUUUGAUGUUGAAGCUGACAGACAAACAUACUCAUUUCAGGGGCAUUCUGAAAUGGUUAAUUAUAUUUGCUGGGAUGCAAAUGGAGAUAACUUGGCAUCUGUGAGCCACAACUUGGUAAAAAUAUGGUCAGUGUCUUCAGGGGAUUGCAUUCAAGAGUUUAGUUCUAAUGGGAACCAGUUCCAUUCUUGUGUUUUUCAUCCAAGUUAUGCAGCACUUUUGGUGAUUGGAGGAAUAUCGGUAAUUCUUUGCACUU